AUGCGCAAAAAGAGGAAAGGAGUGGUCAAGGAGACGCUAAUUGAAGGCACUUUCGCGUCUCCUAGGGGUGUAGAUCUACGUCAAAUACUUGAAAACGUGCCUGUAAAUCUACAUCUCUCCGUAUCUCUUGGUGGCGAGAGCCUCGCGCAGUGGUAUGACGUACUAUGCACGUUCAAAGAGAAUCUCUACGCGCAACAUAAGCAUCUCCAGUUGUUUCGAGCCAAACUUAAGUUGCUGGAAUCAGAUUCGGAGUCCGCAUUGGUUGCAAUUGCCAUAUGGCGAUUGGUGUUCCGUCUCAGUGUAGCCGUUGCCACACAACCUUUACAUAAGAAUCUGAGACUGAUUCUAGACGUUCUAGCUCAGCAACACCAUGAAGAACUACGUAUUGUAGCAGCCACAGAGCUACGUCUGUUUCUGGAUACUUUAUGGACAGUAUCAGAAAUGCACCAUCUGAUUCCAGACCAGCGUGUCCUGCUCUUGGAUCGGCUGUUGCACAUUGUCGAAUUUCCAUUUCUAGCUCGUGUUUUAGUCGAGAAUCCAGUUCUUAAAGGGGAGAAUGGCACUGUUCAGUAUCUUUUGCAGAAGUCAGAGAAAAAAGAAGAGACAAAAGCUGCAGCAGCGUCGACGAACGUGGUGCUACUAGCUUCUGAACGCUGUGGUCAUGCUCUUAAAAGUGUGAUUGUGCUGGCUACAAUGAAAGAGAUACUGGACAACCGCUUGGAACAAUGUCGUGGAAGUCAUUUGGAUCAGUUGUCAAAGGCUUUUCUUCGCAUCCUGGAACAUUGUGUGCUGCUACUACAGACAAGUGUGGUACACAAGGACCUGCUGACACAAGCAGGACUAGCCUAUUGUCUGGUGCUUCGCUUGUUGCUUCAGUUAUCGGUUGUUACAUCAGAAGUUUCUAACUCAGCUACAAAGCUACUGUUGCAGACAGUUUAUCCGGAGCUGCAUAUUGUUAGCUCUGAAGUAUGUGCAAGCACACAGCUACGAGUACAUAUUGAAAAGGAUGUGGAGAGCUUUGGUGAUCUAUCGAGACUUGCAGUUUGUCGUGGAUUACUGAAUUGUCUUGCAAACGAUGAUCUUGCUUGUUUGAGUAAAAGUUUUGGGCUGGACGAAGAAGAACCAAAGUCCAAACAGAGCGUGCUGGAUGCCAUUUUCUCGGGUGUUCAGCAAUUCUGUGAUCAGGAAUCGUACAACACACGUUUGUAUGCGUUUCAGGUGUUAGAGGCGUUCCUACGCCGAGCAGUGCUGAUCAUGCAAAAACAGAAGACGCAAGCAUCCUCCGCUUCGGCCAAUGCUUGUGUUGUGCUGGCGGACGAUACGCUUACGAAACUGACUACUGCUGUGCUGUUGAACUGGGAGCAUCCAUCAAAAAAGGUGAAUCAGUUCAUGGCUACUGUGUUUGCUCAUAUUGUGAACUACUUUGAACUGUCUGGUGGCUUUCUGGAAUGGAGUGAAGCGAUUAUAAAGCGAUUGGUUGAGCUGCCGCCUACUAGCCGUGCUAAGUACGGUUCGUUAACGCUAUUAGUUGGAGUAGUUGGGGCUACGCCCGUGCUACAGGCCAGUCCAUCGUUGCUGUCGUCGUUGCUGUCGGCAGUGGGUCAAAAGGAUUACGCUGCUCCAGCAGCAGCAAACUUGUUUGCUCAGAUUCUUGAUGAUCUUAGUAUGAGAAACAGCAAAACAAGAAAACCAAUGCCCGAUUGUGAAGCUGUGGUCGCGCGACGACAUCUCUGGCUUCCCGAUGUGGUUUGCAUGCUUUUAUCGCGUGAUACAAAUCUUCGCUCACGGGUUGCUAUGUAUGUGAUCCCGCUAUUGCUGAAGAAGGACCCUGAUUGCGUGCCUGUCUUGAUCAAGCGUUUACAAGAGGAAGCUACGAAGGAGCAGGCCAAUCUAAAGGCUGCAGAUGUUGCGUUGUGGGCUGAGCUCGAAGUGCUCAAGUUUGCGCGAAAGAAAAUGGCGCCUGAGAAGCUGACUGGUGUAUCGGUAGACGAGAUCGCACGCGGCCUUCGCCAUGCCAAGGCGGAAACGCGUGGCACAGCUUUUGAUGCGUUGUGUGCAUCGUUAAAAUCGACUAGUAUGCCCACAGACGAUGAAUUACGGCUGGUGAAGUAUUAUCUGGUGGUAAACGGAAAGGAAAUUGGUCCCGCAAGUCGUAUGAAUACGCUGAUUGGCCUCAAGACAGUACUAAUCCGCAUAAAGGAGACGCUGCGUCUCGCCAGUAAAAAUUUGGCGAAACCAGGCUCUACUUCCAAUAACGCACCUACCUUUGAUGAAUAUGCCGCUGCAGUAUCGUUCAAGCGUUGGAUCGAGCUGUUUAUUGUCGUUUCCGUCUACCCUGGUGCGCUUCCUCAGCGCUUGACGUUGGGUCUGGAGGUUCUUCUCCUUUACAUUCAGCUGUUUCGCUUUGGACAUAACGAGGCUGAAGGGUCUCCACGAAGUCUUUUGCUUACCCGGCAGAUGACGACGACCCUUUUUAACAUGCUCAUUAGUGCAUGGGACUCCGUUCGGUCUCUCGCGUUUACGAUCUUAGACUUGUACCCGAACGAGCUGCCGGGUUACUCUACGCGAGAAGAACUCCGCACUCUCGUUGACUGGGCUGUUGGACUCAGCGGUAGUCCCCGGCAGCGCGAAAGCGACGCUGGUGCAAUGUUUAUCCGUCUGCUAUUUCGAAAGUGUAGCACAGCUAUUCAACGAUAUGGGUUGACGUUCCAGUGUGUGUCAGGACUUCAAAGUGGUGUUACUGAAGCUAGUAGCAAGAACCCGGAAGUUGCUUUCAUAUUGCAGCUGACGCAAGUGAUUCUGACCCGCGUUAAAGCUCUGAGCCCAGCAGAAAUUCGACUAGGCGAGUCUCCUCUUGUGCAUGGCUUUCUGCUGUCAUUACAUUACGUGCUGGAAAACGUGGCCUUCGAUGAGUGUUCCAGUAGUGAGGCCGCAGACUGGUCGGGGGCCAUGAAAGAUGUAUUCGCUGCAAUUCAUCACUCCAUGCAUGCGUCUCUUGCUGUGGUCGGUGAUGCGACUUUAGGCGCUGGUGACGAAGAGCUAUCAGCCUCGUUUGCUGGUGUUGUGGGCGAAGUGAGUGCUGUGGCUAAAACAUCGAGCUCAGCGUUGCGAGUAGACUGCCGUGGCCAUUUAAUCGUUGAAAAUGGUGAUAGUGGUCACGAUGGAGAGGGCGAUGGGGGAAACGCGGAGCAGCGUGCCGUCGUGGGCAGCUGGUUAGCUGCUCGCGAGUGUGGUGCAAUUAUCGAGUUGCUCAUGCGGCGCGUACCGCUCCCGAGUUCCAACCCGACCUCAGACAGCAUCUCCAUCUUCACUGUUGAAAUGGCGCAACGUGGAGGAGAGACACUGCUGAACUCGUUGUUUGAACUCAAGCAUAAGGGUGCAGUUGCUACAGCAUACCAGGCAUUUGAAGGUGUUUGUCGUGCGUUUCUUGCUCACGGUGAACAGAAUGCAGCUAUUGGAGGCUUGCCAGCACGAUGGGCUGAUCGCUUGCUGGAACGCUUAGAGCGAGCGGAACAGCAUUUCGUGUUGCGUCGUAGCUCAGGCUUUGCUUUUAGUUUCGUGGCGAUCCUUCGUGCUGAGCCGCGCAAUUCUGCAGCUGUCAUUUUGCCGAAGGUGAUGUCGACUUUACUACGUCUCGCUGGCGAGGAUACCAAUGUUUCGGAAAAGCGUGAUACGCACGAGCAGCACCAUUCGCUUUGGCGUGCUCGUGUGCACGCACUGAACAUAUUGAAACUCAUUUGUGAGGAUGGAGUUUUGGCAGAGGAUGUAGCCCGUUACGUAGUGGAUAUGUUUGAGCUUGCCGUGCGCGGAUUUGAGUGUGGGUCCUGGGCGGUACGCAACUCUUCAAUGAUGCUCUUUGCUGCGGCCACCCAGCGUGCCAUUGGAGACAAGCGCAUUGCUGAUGGUGGAACGUAUAAACAAGUUGCCAGUGAAGACGUGUUCUCACGCUUUCAGCAACUUCGUGGGCUUCUUGCUCGUGAAUUGACUAGACUGCUUGAAAACGACAGUACGUCAAAUCGCGCCUUAGGGGGAGCAGCCCCGCCUGGCCUCUACCCAUUGCUUCUGUUUUUAAGUCGCCUUCGCCCUGGCGACGAGGAUGAUCAGCGCAUGGCAAGUGCACCAGCUUCACCUUGCGAUGACGGAAGUGGGUUGGCGAGCUUCUUUCCGCUUGUCAUACAAUGCGCUUCUGAGCCGACGAUGGCUAUUCGGCACAUGGCUGCGAAGGUUUUGGCCUCCAUCAUGAAUGAUACUGAUGCUGCACCCGUUUUAUCGAUUCUCUGCGCUAAGCUUCCUCAAAGUGUCCGAAGCGCGAGGAGCCAUCCCACUGAUAUAAAUGGGAAAAAAGGGAUAUCGCACAAUUCUGUUCACGGUGUACUCGCUCAAAUCCGUCAUCUUGCAACCAAAUACUUGGCUGUUGAGACUGCGCGAAAGAAAUACACACGCAUCGCGAAAGACGUGCAAGUUUCCUUCUUUGAGGUUGUUGUAACGAAGCUGCUUCCAUCAUCAAAUUGGCUAUGGGCGGGAAAGGAUGCUGAAUCAAUUAACGCUACCAUCCGUGCAGAAUUGGUGGCAACAGUGGACAUCGUAUUGAAUUACUACGCUGAAAAUACUUCUGAUGUGCUUGCGACGUUGAGGUCGGGCUCGAGCAUGGAAGCGUUUAUUCAAUUUGUUCAACAGACUCAGGCUGAAGUCGAUCGCCAGUUGCAGCAACGAUGUGGUACAGACCAGGCUGUUGCGGUUCGUGUGUCCACUCGACCGGGCAUGUACGCGUUGGAUCGCGAAUUGGUGUCGAUUUGGUUUAGCUUGUGGGCGCUGCCUAGUAGUGAUCAACCGUUGAACUCGAUUUUGAAGAAGAUGCUGGUCUCUAACGUGCUCCAAAUUCGCAAGAAAGCUAUAAAGCAGCUCGGGAGCAGGUUAGAGAUCGCGGACUUGAGCACGGAUUAUGUUGCUGAACUGCAGUUCAUUCUGAUCGGCCAGUUUUUAGUGGAGACACACCCGAAGUUGCGCGCUCGACAAUUGCAGCUACUUGUGCGUUGCAAGCUUCAUCAAGCCAUUGCCGAAACGCAGACUCAGCGAUUAGAUUUGCAAACUCGGCUGGUGCGCACAAUCAGCAUCUCAGCAGACACACAAGUUCUAGCACCAGCGUUGGAGCUGCUUGCUCUUAUGGCGUACCAUCAGCUCUGCGAAAACGUUGCUGAAACCUCGUUGUAUCAGACUUUGUGCCAGGAAAUCGAGUUGCGGUCUAACGAAAACCAGCCCUUGAUUCUUCGACAAGCUGCUGCCUCUGCGCUUGAUCACAGUGGCCUCCUUCUCUUGCACACAAAGAAGCACGGUAACGUUGCAAAUGCUGACCUAGCACUAGUAGGCUGGAUGAGCGCACUGCGACAGCUUCAAGAUGAUGAAGCUCGUGUAAGAGCUGUCACACGACACGCUAUACAGAAGGCCUUUGAUGCUGUUGACGCUGCCUCCCCAAAAGGUUCGUUGUCGGAUGCAACGGUGCUGCCUGUCGCAGUAGAGUAUGUAUCGGCCACUUUUGUACGUACUGGAUACGGCGCGACGGCUUUAUCAAAGGUGUUGAUCCAGCUUAUCGACGCUCCUAGCGUUCUUGCCGCAUACGCUAGUGCUAAGGCCCGAGACUGGGAUGACUUGUGCCGCCGAAUUUUUGAGUUCGAGAGUAGCAACUAUUUCGCUGAGCGCGACGUGCUUGCACAAAACAUCGUGUACUCUCUAUUAGCUCCUGCAACGGAAGAUGUAAAGGCGAUUUGCUUUCUGCGCAAGCAGGUCUUGACACUGGUUGUCAGUGCUCUAGAAACUCUGAACCAGGAAGCUCAGAAUUCAGACGACGAAGGCGGACGGUGGUUGGGAGGUAUCAUUUACUACCCGGACGUAUUCUCACCUUUGUUCGGACUUCUUGCAGCGGGCGUAGCCAUCGUGACCUCGACAUCGUGCCUGCUCACUGACGAUCUCCUGUCCCUGGUUUCUCAAGUUCGUAUGCUCGCCCAGGAAGUGUCUGACAUUUACAGCACUGAUAAUGUUACGCAUCCUCUGGUGCUCCGAGCGUUUGAGCUACUUGCCAGCAAGGACCAAGACACGUCCAAGCAAGAUGGUAUCGAGCCUGUGAGAGAGCUGCUGUAUUUGACGCCAUACUGGAUGGCUUUGACCGAUUCGAGGUCAAACUAG